AUGGCGCCAACCCUUGGUCAUGGCUCCUCCCAACUCGGCAGUCACAUGCUCCGCAACUCAUUCUAUACCCACGGUCGCUAUGCAAACUGUGGUUCGCCAUCUGCUUCGCGACACAUGCUCCAAGCCUCGACGAGAUCGCGAUGCCUAACACGGCCUUCGGUUUCUUCAAUUCGAACCUUCGCCUCCAAUUCGGGCAAGAGACCGAGAUUCUCACAGCGCCUCGGCGAGGCCAUGCGCAACACCAAAAUCCAAUGGUACCAGAUCCCUGUCGGUCUAGGUAUUGGAUUUCUCGGUCUCGUCCAGUUUUAUAAGGUCUCUUCCCGUGAGAGGGAGAGAUCCGAUAUCGAGGAUGGACAGGAGGGUACUAGGACUCCAAAAAAGCGUGCCAGAAUUCGUCCUGAUGGUCCCUGGCAAGUCCAGGUUAUGUCAACUCUGCCCCUAAAGGCUAUCUCUAGACUUUGGGGUCGAUUCAAUGAGCUGACUAUCCCUUACUACCUGCGUGUCCCUGGCUUCAAGCUGUAUUCUUGGAUUUUCGGUGUCAACCUUGACGAAGUUGCCGAACCCGAUCUCCAUGUUUAUCCCAACCUAGCAUCCUUCUUCUACCGUACUCUCAAGCCCGGUGCUCGACCCCUCGAUCAAGAUCCUCAUACCCUCGUCUGCCCCUCCGAUGGCAAAGUUCUGCAGUUCGGUCAGAUCCAAGGCGGUGACAUCGAGCAAGUUAAGGGUAUGACAUAUAGUAUCGAUGCUCUCCUUGGAAAGAAUACGCCUCCUGCGAGCAUUUCAGCCUCAGGCACCUCGACCCCUGCGACCAGCCUAGCUUCCACCGAUAUUUCGGAAGAGGAAGCUCUUGUAAAGCAGGACGAGGAGUUUGCUCAGGUCAAUGGCAUUCAUUACACCCUUCCCGAUCUCCUUUCCGGUGGUGGAAAACAGGCUCCUUCAGCAAAGGAUGAAUCUAUGCCCGCAUCUCCUGGUACAGUCUCUGAAGUUCGUGCCGAACUCGCUUUGGGCGAGCGACCUUGGUACGAUCUCGUAUCACCGGAGAAGUCUACAGCCCUUUACUAUGCAGUCAUCUACUUGGCCCCCGGCGAUUACCACCGUUUCCACUCUCCCACCAACUGGGUCGUUGACCGCCGACGCCAUUUCGCUGGAGAACUUUACAGCGUGUCCCCUUAUCUUCAGCGAACUCUACCUGGUCUUUUCACCCUGAACGAACGUGUAGUCCUUCUGGGACGCUGGCGCUGGGGUUUCUUCAGCUAUGUUCCAGUCGGUGCUACCAAUGUCGGCUCCAUCGUAGUCAACUUUGAUAAGGAACUCCGAACCAACAGCCUGUUGACCGACACAGCUGCGGAUCGAGCUGCAGAGGAGGCGGCCAGCAGGGGUGAGGUGUACCACGGAUUCGCUGAAGCCACGUACGAGGCUGCUAGCCCUGUUCUGAGAGGCCAUGCACUUCGACGCGGUGAAGAAAUGGGCGGUUUCCAACUGGGCAGCACUAUCGUACUCGUAUUUGAGGCACCCGCAAACAAAGUGGGUGAGGACAACAAGCACACCGGUUGGGAGUGGGCUGUGGAGAAGGAGCAAAAGGUAAAGAUGGGACAGGCUCUUGGCCGUAUUAUUGAGUAA